AUGCCCUCAGGUAUACCCCUGAUAUCUACUGUCCAGUCUCAGCCUUCUUUACUCGCGCCUUCUGAAGGCCAAGAUGUAAAUACUCCACACACUCCACAAACAACACUUCAUCCCAACGAAGCAUCCUCUAGUCUCUACUCACCGCGCCCAUCUUUUCAUUCCACACCAAACACACCCCUCUCGCCCCUGUUACCUCUACCGACUCCCUCUCGUUCGACCUCCCUUUCUCAACAAACCAAAGACCACCACAACUACUCCAACCCAGAAAACAUCUCCAUUGAUAAUCAAGUACCGAUUUCUAUGGAUCCAAGUAGCCUCGGUGCACUUCCUGUUCAGCACACAACCUGGUGGCAGAGGUUUAUUGAUGCAGAAGACGUCUGGACAGACUCUCCCUCAUUCCAUCAGCACAUUGAACAUUUAGAAACAGGUCUCUCAAAGUACAUUGCAUGGCUAGAGAUGAUUGAACGAUGCCGUCAGCUUGACAUUGUGUACACCCAGUCCGUCAGACAGCUCGCUAGUCACACAAAUGCUAUCCUUUAUGGAUCUUCGCCUGUUGAAGCUCCUGAGCAGUGCAAGGUCGCCAAGGAAGUGCAUUGGAGUCAAGACGAAGAACUAAUUGAAGCUAUUCUUUGCAAUAUCACAGAAGCCAUUUCACGAUUUCAAAGUGCUCUUACGGAUGCACGGGAGAAACAUGAGCAACAUGCUGGUUGCUACUGUGCAGUGCAAAAGGCACGAACACCAUCCACUAAGCCUAUUCCGUGUGACACGACAUCCUCGCUCUACACUGCAAAACGGGUCUUGUGUGAGCUUUCAAUGGACUAUAUAACUAUUCUUAAUGCGCUUGUCAAGAAGACCCGUGCAUUAAUCGCAAGUAUUCUUCACUGUUUAGAAGACGAAAAAAGAGCAAGUCUCGGUUAUUUAAAAGCAGUAUUGAUUUCACUGGAUGAAGCUGACGAAGAGGAUUUGCUGGUACCAAGUCUGGGUGUCGAUCUGACGACGUGCAACAUUUCGUCUAGACCAGUCAGUCCAGCAGAUUCUUCCUGUUCGAACCAAGUCUCUAUAGAAGAUGAAGAUGAGUUUGGAGAUCAUAUGACCUUUUACAUACAAGAGAAACUUGCAAUGUAUAAAGAAACAUUAAAACAGCCCCCUGCAAAUGCCGCACAUAAUACGAACGCAACAACCAGUCGCGCACGGCCCUCCUCACCCUCCUCACUGAUCUCGAUCCCAUUUCUCAACAAGCCUCGUGUGGUACAACGGUACAGUAGUCUAGAUUCAAUUAUCGUCAAACCUCCACCAUCUACAAUCACAAUGAGCUGCGGAACAGCCAAAGGGCAUUUGUUCUUGAAAAGAAGAAGCUGUGGAAAUUCUGCGCCUGUGUGGGCAAGACUAUAUUUCUUUAUCCAAAAAGAUACAGGCCUUCUAAUGCAGCAACCAUUGAAGGAGGAUGCCUUUUCUGUUAUCAACCUAAAAUAUACUACUGUCCGACCAGCAGAAAACGAGAAGAGAGACUAUGUGAUUCAAUUGACUUCGAUAUCUAAAGACAUUGAAUUACUCUUGCAACCAGAGACUCUCAUGGAGUACACCAGCUGGUUCGGUGCCCUAUCUUCAUGGUCUGCAGGGAAUCUGACAGCGCCCUUGGAAUACAAUUCAGCUAAACCGGCCUUAAAGGCACGAUGUAGUGCAGUAUGUCAAAUACAAUCUGCAUGGACUACACCAUCUCCACGAGGAAGCAGCAACAAUGGGAGAUUAUUCUUGACAAAAAGACCAAGUUUCUCUGCAGCCAGUAUUAUGAUGGAGAACACCCUAUUCAAAUCAUCAGAAUCGUUUAACAGCAUUGGUAACAGUAGUAUAAGUGGAAGCAAUAGUAUAAACACAAUCUAUACACAAGCAAAGUCAUUCCAAGACCCACCUUCUUCAUACGAUACAGGAAAUGUACCUAGAGUUAUUCGAUCCACCCCGAUAUUUAUGCGAGAGCCCUGUAGUUCGAAAAACUCUGGUAGUUCAUCAAAUAACAAUCCAAAGACAGGCGGAUGGUGUGAGCUCCAGGCUGUUUUGAUAUCUGAUGGUGUUCUUCAAAUCAAAAGCAAGGAUAUACUAGGAGAAGAAACGUUUAGCCAAAGACACCAUCAUUCAAUUCAUCUCGGGUUUAUCCAACGGCACCAAAUCUAUAUUCUGUCUGAAACAGUCUAUACCCGAUCCAAUUGCUUUGCCAUCUUUAUCUCGCCUCUUGAGAUGAUACACAUUUCAGUCAGCACCCCCCAAGAGCGAGACCAGUGGAUUGUACUCCUCAAAUUCUUUUGUGUUCCUGAUAUAGUCUGUAGUACACGUCCAUCGACUGACACACUCGGAUCCGCUUCUGCCUCAGCAAUCGCCAUGUCGUCCUACACCCACCCUGCCGAAGCAUUCUCUCACCGCUAUGGGCGUACUCUUUCGAUUAGCAUACAGGAAGGAAAGAAUAUUCACAUGAAUAGUAAAGGCUUGGAAUGCAGCGAGCUGUACUGCGACCUCUUAGUAGACAAUGAAAAGAGAGGGGUGACAGGAAAACUCAAAAAGACACCCACUCCAUUUUGGCGCGAAAACUUUGUAUUCACAGACGUACCUAUCAUAAGACAAGGUAUUACGGUCAACAUUAUGAGUCGCAACAGUAAGAACGAACGAGAGACAAGAAUAGGCUCUAUUUUCAUUCCUUCUGACCAGAUUGGGAUUUGUAAUACAAAUGAAGUCUGGUACGAUAUCCGAAAACAAAGUCGACACCGUACAUUUGCCUCACUGGCCAGUCUAGGCUAUGCUCAAUCCUACGCAUCUGCCGGAGAACUCAAGGUUGGAACAAGAUUAGAUGAACAAAUAGUCUUGCCGUUCUGUCAAUACAACGAGCUAGUCGAGUUCCUAAAAGAGUUCCAUAACGACUCAGUAUAUGAAAUUGCCCGCAAAAAUUCGGAUCUCGAAGGGGUCACGACCACGCUAGUUAGAAUUUAUGAAGGUCUUGGACUCAGCGUUCCUUGGAUAAAGUCACUUAUUGAUUAUGAAGUAUCGACUAUGAGUUCUGACGAUGCAAACAUCUUGUUUAGAGGAAACUCCUUACUUACAAAGGUGAUUGAUGUCUAUAUGAAGAUGGUCGGAAAAAGUUAUCUAGAGGAGGCGAUAGGCAGUAUUAUACUUUCGAUCUGCAGUUCCAGGGUGUGCAUAGAGGUUGAUAUUUCCAAAAUUGAUAAAAAGGAAGACAUCACCCAGAAUUGUGAAAAACUUGCUCGUUAUGUCCAACUAUUGUGGACAAGUAUCGAGGCUACAAAAUUAAAGUGUCCAGAAGAGCUACGACAAAUCUUCUCCCACUUGCAGUCGGUAAUCAUUAAGAAAUUCCAGCUGGAUACCAAUCCAGAUAGUCCUAAACAAGCAGCCCGUUACACAUGUGUGAGUGGAUUCUUAUUCUUAAGGCUGAUAUGUCCAGCUAUUGUAUCUCCAAAGUUAUUUGGCAUUGUUAAAGACUAUCCCGAUUUAAAGACAAGUCGCACCUUGACACUGCUAGCAAAAUGUCUGAUGAACUUGGCCAACUUGGUAGAUCCAAGUUCGAAAGAGCCCUGGAUGAAACAUCUAAAUCAAUUUAGUCAGAACAAUACUCGAGGCUUUAUGGACUUUAUCAAUUUUAUAUCGAAGGCGCAACCAGCAUCUAAUCGUCCCAGUCUACCACCUUCCUGGGACAAUAUCCUUCACGACCUACCUGAUCAAUUACAAUUAGAAAAACCUGUUUAUAUGACACUCCAAGAUAUGAGCAUGCCACCAUACUAUGUGAACCUUCCGCUUGAACUCUCCCAGUUCUCUACAUCAUUAAUUAAUGGAAGUCACCACUAUGCAACCAUUCAGCACGGAAAAUCCUUAAAACAACUGUUGCAGAUAUGCCAGGGAAUUGCUUCCGUACAGCAAGAGAUACAUAUAUCAUCAAAAACUGCCUCUAGUUUUCAGAGUCGCUCGAGCGUAGGUGACAAUGUCAGUGGGCCCGAGUGUGUUGUUAACUGGGGUAUUCCAUCCUCCCCUUCUUCCGCGUCAAUGAACGACAUUAAUACCUAUAAUGCUGCUGCUAGAUCACCUUGUCACUCAAUUGAUUAUUACAGGGCUACAGAAUAA